AUGGACCUUGGACACAGCCAACCCCAGUCCACCGACCACUUGGGUAAAAUCACGGACCGCCUCGCUCUCUAUCAGAAGCAGCUUCUCCAGACAUCCAACUCUUCGCCACAACCCAUAUCCUCCAGUCACCCCACAUCCACCAUCUCAAAAGCAACCGCCUCGAUGUCUCGCGACCCCAUCACCUGCCACGUCCUCAAUACCCUGACGGGGACCCCCGCUGCAAACCUCCCAGUGACACUGACCUUCCUGGGAAACAGCGGCAGCGGCAGUAACAAGACCCAAGAUCCCAUCACCUUCAGCGCAACCACCGACGCCGAUGGCCGGGUGAAGAACUGGAUCCCCGCGGCGGCCGCAUCUGCAACGGUCUCCGGGCUGCUCUCCUCGCUGCCGACCGCCGAGAGCAAGACGAACUGGGCUGUGCGCUUCGAGGUCGGGCCGUGGUAUGAGGCGCAGGGAAUCGAGAGUUUCUGGCCCGAGGUGGAGGUGAAGUUUACGGUUAAGGGACGGGGUCGCGAAGGGGAGGAGGGUUGGCGGCAUUAUCAUGUGCCGGUGCUGCUGGGUCCUUGGAAUUAUUCUACUUAUCGGGGCUCGUAA